AUGCGACCUAUACAAGAUGGCUCCUCAGCCGCAGAUCCAAUCAUGCCUAAAAGGUCAACCGGUAGAGGCCAGACAAAGCUCAGUCUCACAAGGCCAGCUGCUUGGGCACCUCCUGGCUUCCUUCGUCUAUCCACACCCGACCCUGAAGAGGUCACUCCAGCAAAUAAACACGAUGAGGGACAGUUUACCGGUCGAAAAACAUCCGCCUGA